AGGUAUGAGUGAGCCUUUGUAUCAUACUGUGAGUGAUGCUCGUCAGCACACAAACCCAGAGUUUCUCUACAGGAACACAGAGAGAGUUAUUCCCUGUACUGUAAGGACACAUUCAGCAUUGUGCAGUAAAUCCAGAUCAUCCCAGUUAAAUGAUUACAUGGAUGUGAGUGUGGUCGUCAGAGCAGCACUGAUCAGUGUCAGGUUAUAAUGACCAAGGUGUACACAAACACUAAGUUUGAGUGUGUGCAGUGAGACUUCAGUCAAAGCAUUUAACUGAGGUGUGAAAAAUAAGCUGAACUCUACAGCUUGUUGUGGUCCCCUGUGGCUUGACAGCCUUCCAGCUGUUCUCCAGCAUUUUCAUUUACAGUCAUAAAAUAUCUCCACAUGUUGCUCCUCUUUCUCUCUCUCUGCAGUCCAAAUGCGUCUUCUGAGCGCAUCUGAGUCACGUGACGGCACAGGAACAAAUCCCAGCAGGGCAGGAAGAAGGGGGCGGAGCAAAGUGCGUCUGCCGCAUAAGAAGAGGUGUUCACACAGACAGAGCUGCUUUUUCAUCCACAGCGAGUAAAUAGUGAACCUCCAGGAGAGAAACAAACUAAAGUAUCGAUCAUAUACCACUACCAACGUUUGGAUCGAUAUCUGCAUCGAUCUGCACACCCUUGUCUCCUGGAUCGUAGCUGAGAUCAGCGUGAACCACGUGGGUCUCUGCUCCCUGACCUGUUUCCUGUUUGGAAAGAGUUCCAGCUUCAUCACGGAGUUUCUCUCGGUUUGUGGGCUCAUCUAAAGGACCAACGUGGAUCGAGAAGUCAGCGCUCUCAGGAGGCCGACAAUUUCGUUGAAGAAAGAAGUGGAAGAAAAAAAUACAACCGUGACGAGUUUGGGAAAGAUUUUACUGUGAAAGCUUCCCUAAAAAUGCAUCAGGUCAUCCACACCGGAGAGAGACCAUUCAGCUGUGGAGACUGUGGAAAGUCUUUUACCACAUCUGGACACUUAAAAGCACACCAACUGAUCCACAGUGGAGAGAGACCGUUCAGCUGUGACGACUGUGGAAAGUCUUUUACCAGGUCUGGAAACUUAAAAACACACAAACUCAUCCACAGUGGAGAGAGACCGUUCAGCUGUGACGAGUGUGGAAAGUCUUUUACCAAGUCUGGAAACUUAAAAACACACAAACUCAUCCACAGUGGAGAGAGACCGUUCAGCUGUGACGAGUGUGGAAAGUCUUUUGCCCACUCUGGAAGCUUAAAAAUACACCAACUCAUCCACAGUGGAGAGAGACCGUUCAGCUGUGACGAGUGUGGAAAGUCUUUUACCCAGUCACGAAUAUUAAAAACACACCAACUCAUCCACACUGGAGAGAGACCGUUCAGCUGUGGAGACUGUGGAAAGUCUUUUACGCAGUCUGGACACUUAAAAUCACAUCAACUCAUCCACCGUGGAGUUAAAGCGUACACCUGUGAUCAGUGUGGCAGAGCUUUUACUCACAGUAACAACUUACAGAGUCAUCUAGUUACCCACUCUGGAAUUAAGGCGUACAGCUGUGACAUUUGUGGAAAAACUUUCAGCCGGAUAGGGAGCCGAAAUACACACCUACGCAUUCACACCAGACAUGAUGUGUACAGCUGUGAUCAGUGUGGUAAACAGUUUACCACAGACACAGAGUUACGACGUCACAUGUUUACCCACACUCAGGAACGACCUUAUAAAUGUGACCUGUGUGAGAAGACUUUUAAAUCUCCACGUUACCUGAAAGCACACCAACAGAUCCACACCAGAAAGACUCUACAAGUGCAGUUACUGUGAGGUAUGUAUUUAUAUUUUUAUCUUGUCAGCCCGACUGUUUGAAACAACUCUGCUCAUCAAAU